UUUAGAAACACAGUACACCAAUCAACGCGGUUCUGAACGUUUUAAACGCGUUUGGCGUAAAGCCUGCGUGCAGCCUGGUCGCAACAGUAAAGCAGUGAGACGUGUCUUAGGCACAGAGUCAGGCUUUGAACUUCAGAUGAACCUGACACGAGACCUAACGAGGCUCGUGUCCCGUUACUAACACCGGGCAGUCCGGGAAAACAUGGCUUCACGCCCAUGAGGAGGCGCAGGUGCAGGCAGCCUAGCUAGGAAGCUACCUACUGUUUGCGUUAGCUGCUCCGUUAUAUGAAAAGAUCCGAGCGGCGACGCGCCACCAACAUCUCCAGGUUAAUUAGAUUAUCGCUCCAAAUGCAGCGAGGACCCACUAAACCGAGAGAUGCUCGUGGCCGAGUGGCUCCGUCGCGUUACUGAUUAGCCCGCCGUGUUGUGACCUCCUUCCCAGUCCUCUCACCUACAGACGCUUGGCCAAGUUACAGGACGAGUGGCAGCGGCGGAAAAACACGCUUUGUGACACAAAGAGCAGUGAUGCUGUCAGACUGCACUUCACUUCCUUCUCGGGUAGUGUGACUACCUGUCAGCUGCCGUUCCAGGAAUCACUAUGUGUUCGUACCACACAUCUCAGUCCAGACGGGACCGUUUCCCCUCUGAACCUCUGGUGGGCCCAGGUCGAGCAGGACCGUCUGCAUCUCUGCUUCAUUCAUCAGAACAGAUGAGCUGCCACAAGGAAUGUGUGAUGUUAUCUCCAAACCAGCAAGACUGGCAGUGCCCUGUGUGCCUGCAGCCUGCCAGCUUCCCAGUGCAGACAAACUGUGGCCAUUUAUUCUGUGCUCCCUGUCUCAUCUCCUACUGGAGACAUGGCUCGUGGUUGGAUGCCAUCAGCUGCCCGCUCUGCAGACAGAAGGUCAGUGAGCUGUGCCGGCUGUUCAACGAGAGUCGAUCGGACCGAGAAUCCAAACAGGUUGUUGGAGAAAUCAAAGACUACAACAAACGCUAUUCGGGGGCUCCGCGACAGGUCACAGACUACCUGUGUGACGCCCCCCUCGUCCUGCAGGUGCUGGGCCGCAGCCUGAGCACUAUGGCCGGACUCGUGUGGCUGUUUGUCUUCAGGGUGAUUCUGUGUUGCGUGGGCACCGUUGUGUCCAUUUCCUCCCCGACUGUCGAGCCUGACUCCUCACCCUCGGCUGGUUCGUUGGGGACAGAUCCCUCCCUGUGCGGACUGCUGGGCGUCCUGGAUGAUCUGGUGGUGGUCAUCCUGCUCCUGAUCUGCGUUAUUAACAUCAACCAGCAGAUGGUGCCAGACAGAAGUGAACGCUCUGCAAGUACAAGCUCUCAAGGACUAAUAGGAUGGACUGAUGCAGAAUUUCAGUAGUACCUGUUUGAUAUUAACGUUUAUUGGGUAUCUGACCGUAUCUAGUUGGAUUAAAUGUAAGAAUAUUGAUAGCUGCUCCACAAGGGAUGGAAUCAAAGUCUCUCACACUGGACCUUGACUACACGCUCAUUUGCUUAAUAUUUACAGAGCCUAUGUAGAGCCCAGCAAGUACCUGAUGCACAGUGGUUACAGAUCCUGAUUGCUUUAAGUGUUUGGGAGUUCACAUCUAUAUUGAAUAGAUAAGAUCAUCAUGUCUUCAGGCUUGAAUGAGUGCAAUGUACAGUACAAAGCAAUCGUUUUUGUGUAAUAAUUCAGUUACUUUUCAUAAUUUGAGCCACAGGAAACCAAGCUGGUGCUGACUCCAAACUCAAGAAAGCCUGCUAGCACUAUUAAUGUUGUACCUGUACUGUCAAUAGUUUAGUUUUUAAAUGUGUAAAAUAAAUAUUUAUUGUGAGAAAUGA